AUGCCGGAUUGCAGAGCCCCGGCCGCGGUGCCGGCAGUCCGCUGCGCCGGGCGGGAUAAUCACGUUACCGGGGGCCUAAUGAGUCCCUCGGAGGACUACAUGUUUGCUCACGCGUCGCGGCGCCGGGGUCUGCGGCGUGUGGGCGAGCGUCACGUCGAGACGGCCGUCUGUGCAGGGGCCGGGCCGUCUGUGCAGGAGCCGUCUGUGCAGGAGCCGUCUGUGCAGGGGCCGUCUGUGCAGGGGCCGUCUGUGCAGGAGCCGUCUGUGCAGGGGCCAUCUGUGCAGGAGCCAUCUGUGCAGGGGCCGUCUGGGCCGUCUGUGCAGGAGCCGUCUGUGCAGGGGCCAUCUGUGCAGGAGCCAUCUGUGCAGGGGCCGUCUGUGCAGGGGCCGUCUGUGCAGGAGCCGUCUGUGCAGGGGCCAUCUGUGCAGGAGCCAUCUGUGCAGGGGCCGUCUGUGCAGGGGCCGUCUGUGCAGGGGCCAUCUGUGCAGGAGCCGUCUGUGCAGGGGCCGUCUGAGCCGUCUGUGCAGGGGCCAUCUGUGCAGGAGCCAUCUGUGCAGGGGCCGUCUGUGCAGGGGCCGUCUGUGCAGGGGCCAUCUGUGCAGGAGCCAUCUGUGCAGGGGCCGUCUGUGCAGGGGCCGUCUGUGCAGGAGCCGUCUGUGCAGGGGCCAUCUGUGCAGGAGCCGUCUGUGCAGGGGCCGUCUGGGCCGUCUGUGCAGGAGCCGUCUGUGCAGGGGCCAUCUGUGCAGGAGCCAUCUGUGCAGGGGCCGUCUGUGCAGGGGCCGUCUGUGCAGGAGCCGUCUGUGCAGGGGCCAUCUGUGCAGGAGCCGUCUGUGCAGAGGCCGUCUGUGCAGGGGCCGUCUGGGCCGUCUGUGCAGGGGCCAUCUGUGCAGGAGCCAUCUGUGCAGGGGCCGUCAGUGCAGGGGCCGUCUGUGCAGGAGCCGUCUGUGCAGGGGCCAUCUGUGCAGGAGCCGUCUGUGCAGGGGCCGUCUGUGCAGAGGCCGUCUGUGCAGGAGCCGUCUGUGCAGGGGCCGUCUGUGCAGGGGCCGUCUGUGCAGGAGCCAUAUGUGCAGGAGCCGUCUGUGCAGGGGCCGUCUGGGCCGUCUGUGCAGGAGCCGUCUGUGCAGGGGCCAUCUGUGCAGGAGCCGUCUGUGCAGGGGCCAUAUGUGCAGGGGCCAUCUGUGCAGGAGCCGUCUGUGCAGGGGCCCAUCCGGAGCAGGAAGCCUUUCAUCUCGCCGCUGGACCGCGCGGGCAGGGAGCGGGGGAUCACGGGCUGGCCGCGCGGGGAAAUCCGUCGCAGCGGGAGACAUAAACCACGCCGCAGCUAUUCACGCAGCACCGGGCCAAAAGCCGUAUUCCGUCGCAUGUCCGGUUAUCCUGAAUACGCUCGGCGGGACCACGUGGGCCCAGCGCGGCAGAGGGACCAGGCCAGAGCCAGGGACCUCGGCGGGACCACGUGGGCCCAGCGUGGCAGAGGGACCAGGCCAGAGCCCGGGACCUCGGCGGGACCACGUGGGCCCAGCGCGGCAGAGGGACCAGGCCAGAGCCAGGGACCUCGGCGGGACCACGUGGGCCCAGCGCGGCAGAGGGACCAGGCCAGAGCCAGGGACCUCGGCGGGACCACGUGGGCCCAGCGCGGCAGAGGGACCAGGCCAGAGCCCGGGACCUCGGCGGGACCACGUGGGCCCAGCGCGGCAGAGGGACCAGGCCAGAGCCAGGGACCUCGGCGGGACCACGUGGGCCCAGCGCGGCAGAGGGACCAGGCCAGAGCCAGGGACCUCGGCGGGACCACGUGGGCCCAGCGUGGCAGAGGGACCAGGCCAGAGCCCGGGACCUCGGCGGGACCACGUGGGCCCAGCGCGGCAGAGGGACCAGGCCAGAGCCAGGGACCUCGGCGGGACCACGUGGGCCCAGCGCGGCAGAGGGACCAGGCCAGAGCCAGGGACCUCGGCGGGACCACGUGGGCCCAGCGCGGCAGAGGGACCAGGCCAGAGCCAGGGACCUCGGCGGGACCACGUGGGCCCAGCGCGGCAGAGGGACCAGGCCAGAGCCCGGGACCUCGGCGGGACCACGUGGGCCCAGCGCGGCAGAGGGACCAGGCCAGAGCCCGGGACCUCGGCGGGACCACGUGGGCCCAGCGCGGCAGAGGGACCAGGCCAGAGCCCGGGACCUCGGCGGGACCACGUGGGCCCAGCGCGGCAGAGGGACCAGGCCAGAGCCCGGGACCUCGGCGGGACCACGUGGGCCCAGCGCGGCAGAGGGACCAGGCCAGAGCCCGGGACCUCGGCGGGACCACGUGGGCCCAGCGUGGCAGAGGGACCAGGCCAGAGCCCGGGACCUCGGCGGGACCACGUGGGCCCAGCGCGGCAGAGGGACCAGGCCAGAGCCAGGGACCUCGGCGGGACCACGUGGGCCCAGCGCGGCAGAGGGACCAGGCCAGAGCCCGGGACCUCGGCGGGACCACGUGGGCCCAGCGCGGCAGAGGGACCAGGCCAGAGCCCGGGACCUCGGCGGGACCACGUGGGCCCAGCGCGGCAGAGGGACCAGCCCAGAGCCAGGGACCUCGGCGGGACCACGUGGGCCCAGCGCGGCAGAGGGACCAGGCCAGAGCCCGGGACCUCGGCGGGACCACGUGGGCCCAGCGCGGCAGAGGGACCAGGCCAGAGCCCGGGACCUCGGCGGGACCACGUGGGCCCAGCGUGGCAGAGGGACCAGGCCAGAGCCAGGGACCUCGGCGGGACCACGUGGGCCCAGCGCGGCAGAGGGACCAGGCCAGAGCCCGGGACCUCGGCGGGACCACGUGGGCCCAGCGCGGCAGAGGGACCAGGCCAGAGCCCGGGACCUCGGCGGGACCACGUGGGCCCAGCGCGGCAGAGGGACCAGGCCAGAGCCCGGGACCUCGGCGGGACCACGUGGGCCCAGCGCGGCAGAGGGACCAGGCCAGAGCCAGGGACCUCGGCGGGACCACGUGGGCCCAGCGCGGCAGAGGGACCAGGCCAGAGCCCGGGACCUCGGCGGGACCACGUGGGCCCAGCGUGGCAGAGGGACCAGGCCAGAGCCCGGGACCUCGGCGGGACCACGUGGGCCCAGCGCGGCAGAGGGACCAGGCCAGAGCCAGGGACCUCGGCGGGACCACGUGGGCCCAGCGCGGCAGAGGGACCAGGCCAGAGCCCGGGACCUCGGCGGGACCACGUGGGCCCAGCGUGGCAGAGGGACCAGGCCAGAGCCAGGGACCUCGGCGGGACCACGUGGGCCCAGCGCGGCAGAGGGACCAGGCCAGAGCCAGGGACCUCGGCGGGACCACGUGGGCCCAGCGCGGCAGAGGGACCAGGCCAGAGCCCGGGACCUCGGCGGGACCACGUGGGCCCAGCGUGGCAGAGGGACCAGGCCAGAGCCCGGGACCUCGGCGGGACCACGUGGGCCCAGCGCGGCAGAGGGACCAGGCCAGAGCCAGGGACCUCGGCGGGACCACGUGGGCCCAGCGCGGCAGAGGGACCAGGCCAGAGCCCGGGACCUCGGCGGGACCACGUGGGCCCAGCGCGGCAGAGGGACCAGGCCAGAGCCAGGGACCUCGGCGGGACCACGUGGGCCCAGCGCGGCAGAGGGACCAGGCCAGAGCCCGGGACCUCGGCGGGACCACGUGGGCCCAGCGCGGCAGAGGGACCAGGCCAGAGCCAGGGACCUCGGCGGGACCACGUGGGCCCAGCGCGGCAGAGGGACCAGGCCAGAGCCCGGGACCUCGGCGGGACCACGUGGGCCCAGCGCGGCUGAGGGACCAGGCCAGAGCCCGGGACCUCGGCGGGACCACGUGGGCCCAGCGCGGCAGAGGGACCAGGCCAGAGCCCGGGACCUCGGCGGGACCACGUGGGCCCAGCGCGGCAGAGGGACCAGGCCAGAGCCCGGGACCUCGGCGGGACCACGUGUGGUUCGCGGAACGGGGGCUGGUACUUCACUUCCAAACAACCUGUCUCACCGUCACCUUCUCGCUUCCAGCACUUUUGCGGUGA